CGCAAUAUGUAACAAUAACUGGAUGAAACAACUCUCUCUUCUUUCCAAAAUCCCACGCGGAUGACGGCCCAGUCGAGAUUUUGAAUUUGCUUAAUUCCGCACAGCGAGUAAGCAUAAUCAGUUACGUGCAUUGCGAAUAUUUACAUUUUUCCUCGUUGUCAAGUCAUUGUGUGUUUAUUUUUUGUGAAUAACAUUUUGCUGAAUUAUUAUUAUGGGUUUACGGGAUUUCAAGGUAACGAUCCAGACUUUUGUUAAAAUUUCCGUGUGCCUGCAUAUAUUGAUUCACGGUACCACUUCUUUGCCGUCCAAUGAGAAUAGCAAAUUCUUGGGUAACGAAUUGCCACAAGAAAGACGUCGUCGACCACUAAACCAAGGUCCGUGCAACUUCGGCGGCUACGGCAAACCAAAGAAUGAGGCUUCCGAGCGGUUUUUCUUAGAUUUUCAAUUCUUGAACGUCGAAAAUAAUCACAAUUACAAUAUCAACUGUGGAGGGGGACAUCCAGUUAGUGAAAAUUAUCCAGUCGCCGAUUCGUUUGGCGGUUACCGACCAGGAAAACCCAUUCUAAACGGUAACAAACCAUUUCAAGGAGGAUACAAACCAACACAAGGGGGUCACCACAAGCCUCAUAAACCAGGAGGACUUUUUAACGGAGGCGGAUUUUUUGAAAACAGACCAAUCCUUUCAGGCUUUUUAUUUGGCAACAGACCACAAGGGCCCCACGGUCCCGAAGAGUCGUCGCCACAAAGUCAGCAAGGAGCAUUUAGCGGAUCAUUUGCUGGGAUUCUGCCGACGCCGCAACAAUUUGGACAAGGCUUGGGCGAGGGCAUCCAGUCCUUUCUCCAGACAAUCCCUCAAAUAGGCCAAAGCUUCCAGUCCCUUUUGCCAACCUUCGAUAACUUUCAAUUACCUCAACUACCAUCAGGCCCCCUACAAUUUCCAGCCCUCUCGCAGGGCGGGCCCGUGUCCAACAACAACUUCAAUCGUCCUGAAUCUAUCUCAGGAGUUCAACCAACAAGACCGCAGGUGGCGCCCCCGCCACCAACAACGACCAUCGAUCCUGAUGACAUAAUCUAUAACGACGAGAUAAAACCAGUUCACGAAGAUUACGAUCCUGUUACAGAUUUCUACAACAACAAGUUGCCCCCCGGUCAGUAUCUGACGAUUUCCAAUCCUUGGUUGGGCAGCUACACGCAUCAGUUGGGCGCUUUCAAUCCCGCUAACUUUUAUAAUAUUCUUCAGCAAGGGGUGGAGGAGAUCAUCAACGACCUGAUAUAACCGAUGCCAAGGCAACAGAAGAGAACCUCGCAGAAGAUAUUUCGCGGAAAAUGGGAAGGGUUACAGGAAUAACGCAGCAAGUAACCCACAAGUAACACUUGGCAGAUCCAUAAGCGUUUUAUCAAGACAACCAGAGAGUUCUGGCACCUU